ACACCUCUCCCAUGGGCGAGGGACCUGGGUGGCCGUCGCUGUACAAUCCCAACCUCGAAUUCUUCUCCAUUGCGCACAGUCCUCCCAGGCAGCCCGGGGCCACAUACCUAUACCAAUAUGAUGACAUAUUCCGCUUCACAUUUUACUGGACUCUCGUUUUCUAUACCCCCAUAUUCGUUUCCUGCGGCGCCCUCGUCUUUUUGAACGUCUCGUUUCCUCCAAAGCGUACCUACGAACCCUUUUCAUCGUCCGAGGAAUACCCAUUGCUGUUUCUGAGGCUGCGGCCGAUGCCGAGGAAGAUGAACGAGAGGCGGUCGAGGGUCACUUUUGCGCUGAUUAUAUUCCUGGCAUUCUUGGUGAUGAGUGUCGUUGGUGCUGUGUUCGAGGCAACGAUCAUGUCGCUGGUCCUAUUUGGAUUGUUUAGUGCCGGGAAAUACAAUAUGUCUACCUGGGUACCAUUUUUCUCAGCAGCAUUAGUUGUGUUUGUCGGCCUUCUCAACGCGUGGCCGUCUGUAAUCUAUAUAAUCUAGCAAACAUUGCAUGUACCGAGAUGACCAUAACGAAACAUAGAGUGCCUUUACCUUACAAUUUGAGUGUCAAUCCUAUGAUGAAAC